UUCCCACGAGCGAAGUCUCCUACCAGCUACUGGUCGGCAAGGGUGCAUCUCGUGCGUCAUACCACUGGCUUAUCGCUCCGGCCGGCGCGGCGGCGGGUUGGCGUACGUGACAAACACCGAAAAUUCGAAUCUCGCACGCGUCUGGCAGACGGCGCUCCGGUCGCCGCGACCUAAUCAGAAACUUGCACAAGUCGUGAGACUGCUCUGGAACGCCACCUCGCCGUGCACGUACGGACGACGCGCGGUCGCGCGGCUCACGGCUCACGGGCUUCUCACAGCAUCGACGACGGUUCGUGUAGGACGACGGCGGUGCGCGGUGUUGUUUGUUUGUGUUCGCGUGUGUCAUCGAGAAUACAUCCACGGUACUGACGACAGGAUUUUCGGCGGACGAUGGUCCUGAUACAGGAGAGGUGAUCCCCGGGCGUGUCUGUCGUGUAUAAAAAAUUCAACGAUGGCUAGUAAUUCAAGAGGAAUACCCCGUAUACAGGUCUUUAGACCGACAUACGAGGAGUUUAAAGAUUUCACGAAAUAUGUGGAAUAUAUGGAGAGUCAGGGUGCCCAUAAGGCCGGUUUGGCAAAGGUGAUACCGCCACCCGAAUGGGUCCCGCGGAAGGACUACGACAAGGAGGAUCUCGACCAUCUCGUCAUUCCAGCGCCGAUCUGCCAAGUUGUUACUGGAAAACAGGGACUUUAUCAACAAAUUAAUAUCCAAAAGAAAUCGAUGACUGUACAGGAAUAUAGUAAAUUAGCCAAUUCCGAUCGUUACGCUACUCCACGUCAUUUCGAUUAUGAGGAUCUGGAGAGGAAAUACUGGAAAAACAUAACGUAUGUCGCGCCGAUAUAUGGCGCAGAUGUGUCCGGUUCCUUAACGGAUCCGGACGUGAAAGUGUGGAAUAUCAAUCAUCUGGGAACAAUUCUGGAUUAUGUCAACAAGGAUUACGGUAUAUCGAUCGAUGGCGUCAAUACGGCUUACCUGUACUUUGGAAUGUGGAAAACUACGUUCGCCUGGCAUACGGAGGAUAUGGAUCUUUAUUCCAUAAAUUAUUUACAUUUUGGUGCACCGAAAACGUGGUACGCUAUACCUCCAGAACAUGGACGUAGGCUGGAAAGACUGGCCAACGGCUUCUUCCCAACUAACUAUCAGAGUUGCCAAUCGUUCUUACGCCACAAAAUGUCUCUGAUAUCUCCCCAAAUACUAAGGCAAUACUCUAUCCCAUGUAACAAAAUAACGCAAGAAGCUGGAGAAAUAAUGAUCACAUUUCCAUAUGGCUACCAUGCUGGUUUUAACCAUGGAUUCAAUUGUGCGGAAUCCACCAAUUUUGCGACACCUAGAUGGGUAGAAUAUGGAAAGAGAGCUACGCAAUGUAACUGCAGUAAAGAUAUGGUCAAAAUAUCUAUGGACACCUUCGUGAAACGUUUUCAACCAGAUAGGUAUGAAUUGUGGCUGAGAGGCGAGGAUAUUGGUUCCCAUCCUGAGGAUCCUAGGCAGACUGCCGCACCAAUGCCGUCACAAACGGAUCUGUUGUGUAGCAGUAGUAGCAAUGGUGAAUUACCGCAAAGCUACUUGAGUGCAACGCCAAAAAAUAAACGACACAUGAUUCAUCACAGGAAGAAGAACAUUAUGAGCACAAAUCCUGGUGUUAACAUGGAAGAACUUGUAAAUCGUGCGGAUAUUCCUCCGGAUGUUAAAAAGGCGUUACAAGAUCUCGAAUUUGAUGAAGUGGAGGAGGCACCAGAUGAGCAACAGUUAGAGGUUCUGGAAGAUAUUUGGCUCAAAGCAGGAGAAAUGGAUAUUGAAGAAGCAACUGUAUACGAUGAUGGUUAUAAUCGCAAGAAAAGCAAGAAAAGAAAGAAAAAACAAAGCGGAGAUAAGGAGAAAAAACCAAAAAUUGAAUCAAAAUCUAAGAAGGAAGGCAGCAAAUUUACUAAUGUACAGGAUAUCGUUAAAAUUGAAGUGAAAAGUGAAACUACUUUUGAAUACGUAUCCCAGGAAAAUAUCGAAGAAAUUCCUGUGCCUCAAGGAAGUUAUAAUGACAAAAUUAUUAUAGAAGAUGAGCCUGUAGAUCCUCUAAAAAUAGACAUCAGUUCUACAGAUGAUUUUAGUCCUCCAGAAAUUGAAAAAUAUACCAAAAAGAAAAAGAAGUAUUCAAAACACAGCGAACAGAAGAAAUUGAAACCGAAACGUGUGUCCAAAAGUAAACGCAAACGCGAUAAUUUAUCGGAUCAGAUGCCAACUUCGAACGUUUCAGAUGCAACUGUGCAAUGUAAUGCUCCGCUAUCUGAUUUAAAUAUAUAUAAUACCAAUAUGUCUAAAAUCUCAGAAAAGUUUAAAAUGCCUAUAGUUGCGAUUAGUAAAGAGCUUAAGCAGAGAGCCACAAAUAAAAUUAAAACAAAUCAGCUAACGAAUCUUAUAUCUAACGACAUAAAUAACACGGCAAAAUCAUCGGUCAAUACCGCAGAAAGCGGGUCAACUAUUUGUUCAUCGACAAGCGACAGGAGUGAUUCUUCAAAAAUGACAUUUGCAAAUAUAAGUUAUGUAAAGAGCCCUUGUACCAUUGCAAAGGAUACUAAUUCUGGAUGUCAAGAUGUAAGUACAAGUAAAUACGCUUUGCCCACUCAAAUUGAAAAGUCUACAAAUGUAAAUUAUAAAAAUAUGGGUGCAAUAUCUGCAGAUAAUAGAUUAACAAAAAGUAAUAUCCGUAAGGACUUGAUAAAAGAACCUCGUUUAAACGUAAUACCUAAUUUAUUGUCUAGAACUUCUAAACCGCCAGUUGAAAAUUAUACUGAAAAUCAACAGACCUUGACCCCGACUAUAACAAAGAUUAUGUUUGAUGGGAAAGUAUUAAUUUCAUUGCAGCCCAAGCCCCCAGUUUUGAAGAAGGAAACGGAAGUGCAGUGUACCGAAAACAACAGCUCAGUACAAAGUCCACCAUCGUUAGAACCAUCGUUAGAAUAUUUGUACCACCAAGUUCCACCUGAUACUACUAUUACUCAUGUGCCUAAAACAGAUUGCCCCAUGUUCAAUACUCCGAUCCAGCCUUUUAACCGUAACAUUUUCAAGAGUACGAUGGGAAUAACACCUUGUACGAACAAUGGUUCCCAGGAAGUAAAGAGCUGGUCAAACAAUGCGUAUUCAAAUGUUUCUAAUUCAAGGGCAAUUCAAGGGCUAAGUGAACAGAACGUUCUUCCUAAAUUUGCAAAUGCACCCCAACCAAAGAUGGAUGCAAUGUUAAUACCGCGAUGCUCAACGUAUCCCCAAAUCGUACUAUACGAUAACAAUUGCGCGCAAAAUACUGAUGUAUUGACAAUUAGGAAUGUUCCAACAGCACCUGCACCUGCACGCAGUUCAAAACAAACUAUGCCAAAAGUUACCAAGAGUCCUCCGCGCCAAAGAUCGCAAAAAGGAACGUCACGUAGGAAGCCAGCAGCAAAAAAUAAUAAGUCGAUUAAUAACGCAUCUUCGAUUACUUCUCAAGCAAGUAUUACGAGUACUUCCGUUGAAGCUCAACUUGACAAUCCAAUUGAUUCGACGAAUUUGUCUGAUCCAAACAUUCAACCACGAGUUGCAAAUAUACAAAAUGCAUUACAUGAGAAUGAGCAUUCACAUACGUUUGACAAUAAGGCACAGUUACAAGACACACAACAAAUAGAUAAUAUUUAUUCAAAUUCACCCCCGUCUAAAUUAAAAAUAAAUAUUUUAAGAAGGUCAAUCAAAGAGAGAAAAACAAGAAGAAAACAACAGAUGCCUUUCGCUUCUAUUGUUCCCGCGCCAAUUGCUCCUAAGAUCGCUCCUGUAACUAUUGCUCCGAUCGUUGCUUCUACAACUAUUACUCCUGUGGUCGUUGCUCCUGUGGUCGUUGCUUCUGCGGUCGUUGCGCCUGCGGCCGUUGUUCCUGCGGCCGUUGCUCCUGCGGCCGUUGUUCCUGCGGCCAUUGCUCCUGCAACUGUUACUCCUGCAACUGUCACAUCCAUUGCUCUUGUAGAUGUUGCUUCUAUAGACGAUGCUCCUGCGGCUACUACAAUGACUGAUGCCCCAGCAACUCCUGUGAUUGAAGCUACAAAAGAUCAAUCCACAUCAACGCAGUCUGUCGAUAUACCACAACCCUGCAAUCAGCCAACAGCAGUGAUACCAGGUCACAUUUCUGAGAUGAUUCAUCCGAAUAUACCAAACAGUGAGCUGCUGAAAGCAUUCAACAAUUAUUGGAGCGCUCAAGUGUCUCAUUGUGCAAUAUGUGCUACUUUUGCCUCGUGUACAAGCGGAAACAGCAGAAUGAUGCCGCCUGAUUGGAAGUAUUGCGAAUCAACUACGCUACCUGAGAGUACACCUAUAUGGGUGUCGGCCAGUAUUUUUGCGGCGAACUCUAAGGAACAGGUCAUGGAACCAGAGAAUAACAAACUUUUACGAUGCAGACAAUGUCACGUAACCGUUCAUGCAUCUUGUUAUGGUAUAACUAUAUUACCUACGGAUAUCCGAGGCUGGGCUUGCGACACGUGUAAAGCUGGCAGAAGCGAUGUGAUGUGUACCCUGUGUCCGAUGUUUGGCGGUCCUCUGAAGCGUACCAGUGACAGCAGAUGGGCGCAUAUCUUAUGCACGCUUAUGGUGCCAGGAGCCAUAUUCAAAGAUGCCAUAAAUAAAGAACCUAUUAAUGUAUUGACGACCAUGAAGGACUCAAUCGGCAAGAACUGUUGUUUCUGUGGGCACAAACAUGGAGCGUGCCUGAAGUGUAAUCAGUGCAACAACUUGUUUCAUCCGUCUUGUGGUCUCGUGGCAGGCGCUACGUUUAUUAUACCGGUGUAUAAUUCACAGGAACUUCAGGUAACGUGUAACGGACACGAUGAAGGCAAAGAAAAGAUUCCGCAGAUACGACAAGGAGAGACAGUCUGGGCAAAGCAUCGUAAUAUCCGAUAUUAUCAAGCCAAAGUAGAGGCUAUUCAGGAUAUCCUCUUUUACAUGGUUACAUUUAACGAUAAUAGCUUCAGUGAUGAUCUGUAUCCUUCAGAUAUAACCAACUAUGAUCCGGGGAACACGCCUCCGCUCGGAGCCGCAGUGAAAGUGAACUGGACAGACGGUCAGACGUAUGACGGCGUCUUCGAAGGUACAAAUCAUCGAAUAAUGUUUACUGUGAUUUUCGAGGAUGGCUCUCAGCUCGUUUUAAAGCGUAACGAAAUCUAUAGUUUACAAGAAGAUAUGCCAAAAAGAGUGCGUUCUCGUCUGUCUGUUGCGACUGAAAUGAAGCACCGAUCUCAUCUUUACGGCACAGAAGAUGAAACAGAGGCGCAAAGAAAAGUGAAACAAUCGAAAAAUUAUGAUAAAUUUGUAACGAUUUAAUGUAAAUAAUUAUUAAGGGAAGGGAAGGGAAGGGGAAAUCCUGUUGUGUAAAUAGUAGAUAUGGAAAUUAUAAUUUAUAAUCGCGAUUAUCUUCUCCAACUUGAUUUCGAACUGAUCGGACGAUAGAGAAACUUACUUUUUCUUUAUGUUCAAUAAUUUUUGUUUUAGUUAACCGAUGUUUCCAACGAUGAAGAGUAUAAUUAUGUAUAAACUUUUAUGUUAAAUUAUUAGUUUACAGUAUUGUGCCUAUGUAAUUGUUUGAUGUAUUCUGUACCGUACAUAAUCUGGACUAUUUAGAUUAGUAUAUAUAUGUAUAUGUAUAUAUUCCAUCCGGAAGAAAUAUAUAUAUGUAAUAUACAUGUAUGUAUAAUAUAUAUAUAUACACAUACACAUAUAUGCACUUGUGUACCUAACAUUUUAACGGCAACAAUGGAAAGUAUUGUAGAUAUCGCUUACGAAUCAAAAUUUUUUUUGAUGAUUUUUUAUCCCAGAUUGAUUAAAUUGCAUAAAUAAAAGACGAAAAAAGAAAAUUAAAAAAAAAAUGGUAAAAAAAAUUUAUUUAAAAUUUCAAAAAAUCAAUGUUUUAAACUGAACAAUCGUGAACUCUCAUAAUUAUAUUCUUUUCUGUCUUUUUUUUC